AAACCUAACGAAGGUUCAACUGGCCCAAUUCCGCAAUUUCACUCUCUCAGUCUCUUCCAUCCUUCCAGAGAGUUUUGCUUUGCCGCACGGAUGCCGUUACCUUGGCAAGUCUCCCAAAUGCAGAACUCCAUCACCCUAACUGCUCCAAAACCCAACAAAAACCUCUCCUUUCCCCAAUGCCCAAACCCCGUGGUCGCCUUCCUAUCCAACCCCGCCACCUCCUCUUUCAAAGCCCAACUCGAAUCCGCCAUCGAAAGCCUCAGCAAUCAAACCAGGAGAGCUCUGCAUCUUGGUUUGUCCAACUUACCCUUCCCUCCUAGCGAAAUCCCAUUUUUUGCGCGGAUAUCGCCAGCCGGCAUGGCCCCUCGCGGCAGGGCCAUGCCGGUCGAGGCAAUCGAGGAGCGGCUAUCCGGGGUGCCGGUAUACGCCCUUGCCAAUGCGGCGGAGGAAUUCGUUCUCGUCUCAGGAAUAAGAACAGAGAGGUCGCUCGGCCUUUUUUGCUUCCAAAAGGAUGACGCCGAGGCGCUUCUUGAUCAGAUGAAAUCGAUGAACAAGGACAUGCGCGAAGGUUCCAAGGUCGUUGCUAUUGCUCUCAACAAGGUUUUUCAGCUGAAGGUUGACGGAGUUGCAUUUAGGCUCAUCCCUGAUCAACAACAAGUUCUGAAUGCCGUUAAGUUAAAAGAGAAGUCUGGGAAGGCUGCUGAUGAUUUUCUUGGUGUGCCAGUUUUUCAGUCAAAGAGUUUGGCCUUAAGGAGUCAGGGUAAAAGCUACCGCCCUGCUUUCUUCAGGAAGGAGGACCUCGAAGACUCUCUCUUCAAAGCUUCCCGUGAUCAGAGACAGUUAAAUCCUUCCUUCAGGAAGGGUAACAUUGAGGUUUCUGUUCUGGAAGAAAUCAUAUCAGCAAUGAAGGGAAGCUCUUCAUCAGACUGGGAUGAUAUUGUGUUUAUCCCUCCAGGUUUUGAAGUAGCAACUGCUGUCAGGGAAGAGAAUCAAGCCAUAACUUCUUAGAUAGAUCUUUUUACUUAGGAGUUUAGGAUUAAGAAAGUGUUAAUGGAGUAAUUAUGUUUUCUUAUUUGAGUUUUCUGAAGGAACAUAACUGAGCAAAAAAAAAAAAUUUUUUUUUUUUAUGUAACAAUAACCAUUUUUAUCUAUGCUAAUUCUACUUGUUCUGUUGA